AUGGAUUCCAAGCUCCAGCCUAUUUACGAAGAUUUCGAGGUUCACGCUGAAUGGCUUCAUGAAGCUGCAGACGACACAUUGAUUGCUUAUUUACCAGGGUUCAGGAAGGAGCAGCUUACAGUUCAAGUAACAAGUAGGGGGGACCUGAGGCUGUCUGGAAAAAGACCAGUUGGUGACAACAAAUUCAGCCGUUUUACCAAGGAAGUCCCCGUUCCAUCAAAUUGUGACCAGAACAAAAUCAGAGCAAAUUACAAGGAUGGUAUACUUUACAUUAAGAUCCCGAAACUGAUCGCCCCGGUCGACGGGAAGCCGGAAAACUCAAAACCAUCGGCCGAAAACCCGAUUCCAGACUCCGAUCUAAGGGCUGCAGAGGUUCCAGAGAAACAAAACAACAGUCUAGAACAAGGAGUUCAGAAAAGUCCUCCCAAGGCCAAGGAGGCCGACAAAGUUCCAGAGCAAACACCACGUAAACAGAAGGAAAUCGAAGAUAACAGCAAAAGCAAGGCAUCUAAUGAACCUGAUCAUCCCGGGCUGAUGGAGAAGGACAUAAAUGGUUCGGAUCAAGAGGAAAAUAGUAGUUCAAUAAGCGAAAAGCCUGCUGAUUCAGGCCGAUAUGCUCUUAAGAAAACUGAUAUAUAUUGGCAGCUAGGGAUCCAUCAUGAACGAGUUAUUGGGGGGUUAGCCAAGGGGAUGAAGAAUCCAAGGAAAGUUAUGAACAUGGUUUUGGCUGUUCUAUUGAUCGCGGCGCUUGCUGUUUACGUUAGGAAUGCGGUCAUGUCUACGAGGAACUACUAG